CCAAUUAGGGUAAAAUUACAUCUAAUCUCAUACAUUCCCCCGCAGUUUUUUUACAGUUAUCGGAAACCCGCGGCAGUUCCGGCAGAUAAAUCCCAGCCGGGGUUACCUCAGGCGCGUCAGAGAGAUGUCCGGCAUCACGAACGCUACCGUUCCUAACCAGGUCUCCGCCGGUCUUAACCAGAGCGCCACCGGUCCUGACCAGAAUCAGCAGGAGGAGAAGAAGCCCUCCACCGCCGAGCAGAAUCAUAUCAACCUCAAAGUCAAGAGCCAGGAUGGGAAUGAAGUAUUUUUCCGGAUUAAGAGGAACACACAGUUGAAGAAGCUGAUGAAUGCUUACUGUGACAGACAAUCUAUGGAACUGAGCUCUGUUGCAUUUCUGUUUGAUGGUCGUCGUUUGAGACCAGAACAGACUCCUGACGAGCUGGAGAUGGAGGAUGGGGAUGAAAUAGAUGCAAUGUUGCACCAGACAGGAGGCAGUUUUUGAGGUGUUAUUAUAUAUACCAAUUGAGGAAUGUGGUGGAGGGGAGCUGCCAAAAAUAGAAGGUAUUAUGGUGGUAUUCGUGGCGGUGCCGCCUCGGCCCAUGGGCUUUCGCCAUUGUUGGUUAGUUUGAACUUCUUAUGUACCCUAAUAUGUGUUCCAACCAGAGUUUAUUUUAACCUCAUAGGGUUUUCUCCCUUAUGUUUGUUUAUCUCUGACCAUGUUUGGUACCCUAACUCUUAGUUGUUAGUUCUCGUAUAGAAAAUAAAAAUCUUGGACGCGAGUUGUUAGAUGUUUGUUUGAGUUGGUUGUUUGGAUAUAAAUGUUUGUGAUUUCG